UCCGGAGCCUCGGGGAGUCGGCUCAAGAUCGCUUCUCUUUGAUAAGGUCCUCGAAGCGAUCUGGGAAAAGCCAACUGAAAGCUGAAAAGAGGGAACAAAACAAACGGGACUGGCUUGUGAAUUUGUUUUAGACUCUUUCAUGUACCAUGUGUCAGCAAGUCGUCAACGCUUUGGUUUUUUUAAGAGUAGAAAAGGAGGAGUAGUUUUAUGCAGCUUCCAGGACCCGGCAGUCGGCUCCUUACUUUGAAGUGCGCUGCUCCAGCCUCCCGGUUCAGUCAGUGUUGAGUCGCCCACAGGAGAGAGGCACGGAGCGGCAUGGCAGCGUGAAACCACCGCGAGGACACCAGGAGAAGUGGUUUUUUUACGUCUCCAGAACAUUUUCUUCUCCGGACCGUGUACGGACGAAGAGUGUGGAAUACUUUUUUUGUUUCUCUGUGUGGAUAAGAGACUCCGGAGCGAACUUGUGGAUCGAUGAGAGAAGAAGGGCUGCCAGAGAGGAGCUCCCCCGCUGACAUAAGAGAGUGAGGAGAUAACUGUUGGAGCUCAGAGGAGGCGAACAACACACAGGCUGCUGUCUUCAGAGCCAUGAGCCGUGCUCUUAUGGACCACAUCUCCAGCAGUUUCCGAGAAGAUGCGCCUCGACCCCCGGUGCCUGGGGAGGAGGGCGAGGCGCCCUGCUACCCUGGCAAACUGUCCAUGAUGAAACCUUUGGAAACCCCCAAAUCGGUUCCUCCAUGUUCUCCUGGCUCUUCUACGAGGAGAAACGAGGAUGGACUUGGGGAACCAGAGGGGAGCGCUUCUCCAGAUUCGCCGCUCUCACGGUGGACCAAGUCCUUGCAUUCUCUCCUCGGGGAUCAGGAUGGUGCUCUUCUUUUUAGGACAUUCCUGGAUCAGGAGAAAUGCGUGGACAGCUUAGACUUUUGGUUUGCCUGCAAUGGCUUCAGGCAAAUGGACCUCAAGGAUACCAAAACGCAGAGAGUUGCCAAAGCAAUCUACAAACGCUACAUUGAAAACAACAGCAUUGUCGCCAAACAGCUCAAGCCAGCCACAAAAACCUUCAUUCGGGAUAACAUCAAGAAGCAGAACAUUGACUCUGCCAUGUUCGACCAAGCACAGACCGAGAUCCAAACCAACAUGGAGGAGAACACGUACCGAAUGUUUCUCACCUCUGACAUUUACCUGGAGUACGUUCGGACCGGAGGAGAGAACCCAACUCAUGUUAGCUCUAAUGGGUUGGCUGAACUUAAAGUUGUUUGUGGAUAUUUACCAACGCUCAACGAAGAAGAAGAGUGGAGUUGUGAUAUCAAAGGCAAGGCUGGGCUGUCUGCAAAGAGUCUGGGGGGCGCCAUGUCUCUGAGAGCUGUAGAAGUCAUGGACAGGGCUUACAGAUCCUACAAGCGAGGCGAGUCAGUCAACGCCUGCCAGGUGGGCUCUUGUGCCCCCGUCAGCAGCACCAACGACAGCGAGGUGUCCAGUGACGCGCUGACCGAUGACACCAUGUCCUUGACAGACAGCAGUGUAGAUGGCAUCCCUCCAUACAAGCUGGGCUCCAAGAAACAUUUACAGAGAGAAAUGCAGCGUAACAUCAGGAUGAACAGCCAAGUCUCCCUGCCCGCCUUCCAUCGCACACGCUGUCCACCAAAGGAGGUUGUUCCGGUGGAGCCCGCCAAGUUUGCAGCAGAGCUGAUAUCUCGCCUGGAGAGAGUGAAGAGGGAGCGGGACAAGAUGACAGACGAAAAACUCCAGCAGAUUCAGGAGGAGGAGGAACGGGAAGACGCAGAGAUCUUGGGAAGCGCCUCCCAGCUCUCGCCACACCCUCUGUCGCUCUUCUCUGGCUCCAUGGACGAAGAUCCACAGGCCAUCCUAGAUGAGCACCUCUCACGAGUUCUGAAGACGCCUGGCUGCCAGUCCCCGGCCAUUGUUUGCCACUCACCUCGCUCCAGCUCCCCAGAAGAUCGGCCCCUGACUCGGGCAGGUUUCGGAAUCAAGGCCUUGAUGCGGUCUGGGCCUUCGAGCUCCCCUGAUCAAGGAGCCUUUACACUGACUUUAGGACCCAGCGUGACCCUUGUGAGCAGGCAAAGCACCAAACAUAUCCACCACCACUACAUCCACCAUCAUUCCAGUCCCAAGAGCAAGGAGCAGAUCGAAAGAGAAGCCGCUCUCAGGGUCCGGGGUUUGUGCACUGGCGGUGGGGAGUGUCAACCCUGCCAGCCUUUCCAUCGGAGCCGCAGCCUCGGCAGAGAAAUGUGUGGCGCUGUUUCAACAGAUAACAACAUUGGGCGUUCCAGCUCCCUGUCAAGGCGUGUUUGCCGUUCUGGCGCGGAGGACGGCGCGGACAGGUGCGAGGACUGUGGACCAGUACAGCUUCCCAGUGACAAAACGGACCCCACCCAGAAUGUGCUGCAGUGGAUCCUGGAGAGCAAAAGACAGAGCAGACACAAGUCUAACGGUACUCAAAGUGGCAAAAGAACCUUCGGAAUAUCUUCCAAUCAAACCCACACUUGGGGCGGCGGCGGCAACUGUGGCCAUCUUCGCAACCACCAACCUGCACAGCCCUUCAUCCAAGACCCCGCCAUGCCACCCCUGCCUCCUCCCAACACCCUGGCCCAGCUGGAGGAGGCCUGUCGCCGGCUAGAGGAGGUUUCCACCAAGACCACUAAGCCAAGGCAUUCAGUGUCAAGCAAUCCGCGAGAAAAGAGCCACCCAGUGUCUCUGGCCAAUGCUAGAGACAGUCCAGCAGGCCUCCCAACCAGCCCCAGUCUCCACUCAGAAGAGAUCGAAUGUAAAAAUGGUACAGCGAGCGGUGAGACGGUAGUGACAUACUUCUUCUGUGGCGAGGAGAUCCCUUAUCGGAGAAUGAUGAAGAGUCACAGCCUCACACUCGGACACUUUAAGGAGCAGCUGCGCAAGAAGGGCAACUACAGGUACUAUUUCAAGAAGGCCAGCGAUGAGUUUGAAUGCGGCGCCGUGUUCGAGGAGAUGUCGGACGACUCCUCCCUGCUGCCCACCUACGAGGGAAAAAUCCUGGGGAAGGUGGAGCGGAUGGAUUGAGACCCCGCCCCUCCCCGGACUUGCUAAAGGACGUUUCACCACUACAGAUGGAUGUACCGCUUCACAUGCACACAGCACGAGUGCCGCGUCCGAGGACUGGUCGAACUGGAUCAGGAUGCAAAGACUGAAUGUUGAGGUGGAGGAGGAGUGAAGGCCUGCGCUGCCCUCGCUCGUACAUUGUGUUGUGAUUAUUUGAGUGUAAAGAUCUCUAUUGCUAUUUAUUGAAACUAUCCCAACUCUAAUUCUCUUAUGGAAUCGCUGCUUGAAAAAAAAUCUAUUGUGAGUCUGUUUCACCUCUCCAACCAUCCCGUCUGCUCCAAGGGUCCCAGGUCAUGCGCCGAAAAAGCAAUGGAAAUGCCAUUAAUGUUUGUCCAGCCUUGAUCUGUGGCGUCUUAGUGCCUUUGUUUCAGCGGCGCAGGCAUGGCACAAACUGCCGACCUGUUCACGAAGAAGAAGCCGCCCUCCAGUCCACACCGAUGUGUUUACGUCCAUAUAGAACCAUGUGCUCCCCGAUGUGACGAGAAGAUGAUGCUCACGCGCUACGCCUCGCUGCGUUUCAAUUGAGUACAGUAACUACAUGGAUUCUUGCCGUGUUUUACCCCGUUUUAAGGGUCUGUUUACUCCCUUGGUUUUCACAAGGGGCCUUACGUUGAAGAUAUUUUUAUGCAUUUUAGUAUCAUGCUGUUUAUGUUUUAUAAUAUUUUAUCAUGGCUUCCUCAGCUCCACUUGUAAAUUAUGCGUUCUAUAGAGCUCAGUUAAAAAAAGACGCCUCGGUACUUUAAUUAUUGUAAUUAUGAAAAGA